ACAACUGAGGUUCUAUUUAACCCCCUCGUCUCCCCCGCUCAUUCCAGCCUAAAAACUUGCCCAGAGCGCCUGAACCUGCCUCCGCUCCACUCUUGCCCCCCCCCUGGCACCACACUAGCCUAGUGAGUAGUGCAGCAGUCUUGCUCGGUUGCUCCUACCUGUCCUGCACAGCACAGGAGCAGAGCCCAGGACCGUCGGCAAAAGGGGAGCGGCCAUGAAGUACGUGCUGGUGACCGGAGGGGUGGUGAGCGGCCUCGGCAAGGGCGUGACGGCCAGCAGCAUCGGCGUCGUGCUCAAGGCCUGCGGCCUCCGCGUCACCACCAUCAAGAUCGAUCCAUACCUCAACACUGAUGCUGGAACCAUGUCUCCAUUCGAGCAUGGAGAGGUGUUUGUUUUGGACGAUGGUGGAGAGGUGGAUUUGGACCUUGGAAAUUAUGAGCGUUUUCUGGAUAUCAAAUUGACCCGUGACAAUAAUAUAACCACAGGAAAGAUCUAUCAGGCUGUCAUUAACAAAGAAAGGAGAGGUGACUACCUAGGAAAAACCGUCCAGGUAGUGCCACAUAUUACAGACGAAAUACAAGAUUGGAUUGAACGCGUCGCAGUGAUUCCAGUCGACGGCAAAGAAGGACCUCCUGAUGUUUGUGUCAUUGAACUUGGGGGCACUAUAGGGGGCAAAAUCUUUUCGCCGAAUAACGCCAGUGGCAUUCUUGGUGCAGGGGAUAUCGAGUCAAUGCCUUUCAUUGAAGCAUUAGGUCAAUUUUCAUACCGUGUUGGACCUGGAAACUUCUGUCUCGUUCAUGUCAGUCUUGUUCCGGUUAUAAAUGUAGUCGGUGAACAGAAAACUAAGCCUACACAACAUAGUGUUCGAGGGCUUAGAGGACUUGGGCUAGCACCGGAUGUUUUAGCAUGUCGCAGUACUGAGCCACUGGAGGAACAUGUGAAGAUCAAGCUUUCACAAUUUUGUCAUGUUCCGAUCUCAAAUAUAGUGAACCUCCAUGACGUGACAAACAUUUGGCACAUCCCCUUGCUGCUAAGGGACCAGAAGACCCAUGAAGCUAUUCUGAAAGUUUUAGAUCUUCAGUAUGAUGGAAAAGUACCUCGGGAACCUGAGUUAGGGAUGUGGACUAAAAGAGCCACCAAGUUGGACAAAUUGAAGACUUCGGUCAAGAUUGCCAUGGUUGGUAAAUACACUGGCCUGUCGGACUCCUACCUGUCUGUCAUAAAGGCUCUUUUGCAUGCAUCAGUUGCUAUGGAAAGAAAACUUGUAGUCGAGUGGGUUCCUUCCUGCGAUCUGGAAGAUUCUUCAGCUAAAGAGACCCCUGAAGCCCAUAAAAAAGCAUGGAAAUUGCUGAAGGGUGCAGAUGGUGUACUCGUUCCUGGAGGAUUCGGAGAUAGGGGAGUCCAGGGCAAAAUUCUUGCCGCAAAAUAUGCACGCGAGAACAAUGUUCCUUAUCUUGGCAUUUGCUUGGGAAUGCAAAUUGCAGUGAUUGAGUUUGCCCGUUCGGUGAUGAAACUACGAGGUGCCAAUAGCACGGAAUUCGAUCCAGCUACAACAUCACCCUGUGUCAUCUUCAUGCCAGAGGGCUCAAAAACCCAGAUGGGAGCUACAAUGAGGCUUGGAUCGAGGAGAACCUAUUUCCAUGUCAGUGGCUGCAAAUCUGCAAAGCUGUAUGCCAAUGCCAGCUCUGUAGAUGAAAGACAUCGCCACAGAUACGAGGUGAACCCUGAUAUGGUCCCAGACUUCGAGAGGGCCGGGCUUCAAUUCGUGGGCAAAGAUGAAAGUGGAAAACGCAUGGGGAUCAUUGAGCUUCCCUCUCACAAGUUCUUCAUCGGUGCACAAUUCCAUCCUGAAUUCAAGUCGAGACCAGGAAAACCAUCUCCGCUUUUCUUAGGGCUGAUAGCCGCGGCAUCUGGACAGCUAGAGCCUUUGCUUCAACGCAGCAAUCCGACAACAAAAGCAUGUCCUAUGAGUAAAGUCCCGAAACUGAAACUGUACCCAACUGGACCUGUGAAUAAUCCACUGAACAGCUUGGUAAAUGGGUACUACCCAAAUGGCACUGGCAUCCACACCUAGAAGCAUAAUGCUUAGCGAUGGUCUAUUUGAUGUUUGUUCCUAUGGUUUUGCUUGUACCCCUUUUUAUGUUUGUUUUUCAGUUUGUAUUUGUCUCUGAUCAACUGGGAAGGCUAAGAUUCAGCAAGCCCCAGCUCCAGCAACACAUGGUUCCGACAUUUUAACGAGGAACGUCCUCCGGUCCGUUGGAGCAAACUAGCUAUAGAGUGGUGAGGUCUAGUGUGAUUUUUUUGAGCCCUGGAAUUAAGCGCGGGAAGUGUUUUGGUAGCGUUAGUAGAGCCUGGAAUCUCAACUAUUUGUACAUUAUGGAAGAACUUAUCUAAGGACUGAAUACACAAAUGCUUGGCCAUGA